CAAGAUGGAUCCAGAGAGCAAUCCGACCCCCCCCCCACCUCGCGUCCCCUCCGGCAAAACCCCGCGGCAGGUCCUGCACCAGCAGAUCUUGUCUCAAGCAAAGAUGGGGAAUCUGGGUGCUCUUCACAGUCUACUCUAUAAUCAUCCUCGGAGUCGGUAUGAUCCUCGGCUCGGCCAUCAAGCCCAUCACCGGGAAGCACCCGCAGGCUGUGCAUCGCACUCCUUUCUACUGUUUGUUCCCGCAUCUUCCUUCCAAGAACAGUCUUCUCUCUUGCUAAUGGGAGAUGUGCUUCUACAGCCCCGAUUGCUUCGAUCUCUGAGAACCGCCGUCUCUCACUCACCCCGAAUAUGAUGUACUUUGGCCCCCCGACUAGGGAGAAUAAUGAGGCAUGGGAGAAUAUUUGCGGAGAGGGUGGUGGGAGGGUUGGGAUUAGUGAUAAGAGGGUCUUGAGGAACUUGCCACCGUCGAUUAAGGGUUGGAAAGAGGGUGAGUUUAUUUACGGAAUUGGGGUUUGCCAUCAGUUGCACUGCCUCGUAUGUUUUCUCUCUCCCCCACUUUUUUUUGUUCUCUUCUCUUUUUCUUGGGGAGUGGAAAAGAUGCUGAACAAUGGGUAUCUGGGGGACGCAGAAUUAUAUAAGGCUUGCAUUGUAUGAGCAUUCGAGCACUGAUCAUGGGAUGCGCCUUGGUUUGUCCUUCCUUCCUUAUGUUUUCUUCUUUCCCUUUAUUUUUUUUCUUAGGAAGCCAUGACUGAUUUGGUUUCCGAGACGUCGCAGACCGUUGUGUUGAAUUUCUUAGACAAGUGCUUACUUGCAAGGCGGAUACCGCGAUGCAUUACUGGAAAAAGGCAGGCGAGUCAGCGGAGUCAGCGUGGGAUGUUUCUCACCAGUGCUGGAGCUUCAACAAAGUUCUCGAAUGGGGGGGGAAGCAUAAAAUUACCCCUCCCCCUAAUAAUGAUGGCUAGAUAUCCUAAGUGGUAUAGGCGGUGGAGAUAUUAC